AAAAAAAAAAAAAAAAGGAGAAGAAGGUGACCAAUGGCCAGGGGAAAGGUCAGUCUAGGUAGGAAGUCCUGCCUGGGAGGCGGAAGAGAAGAGCCUUGUGGAGAUGGAUAGGCCAGUUCCACCACACAGAGGGCCACCACAAGGUCAAUGGGACGGACUUAGAGACAAGGGGGCAUUACUGCCUUGAUUGUAUUCCCAGCCAGGGGACAGGCCCGGAGCAUGGUGUGAUGGCCAGCUGGUUUCCUCAAGGGAACUAGAAUGCAGGGCCUUCCCAGAUGUUGUACCUGCUUCUCUCACAGAAGCCUUCCCAGCCCUGCACACCUCCCUUCAUCCCCCCAUGCUCCUGCCCUUCUCACCUACUUCGUCUCCCGCCUGCCCCCAACACACCUCUGGCCCUGCAGCCUCUCACCCAGCAGCAGAGCCACAUGAUGGUGGUAAAAAUAGCUCUGUUUGACAGAGUGUGAACGGAGGAGCAGAGGCAGGAGACAAGACCGGGCCCCGGUGCUAGGGAAGGGCCCUUGGGCGGUGUGGGCUCCUGAUCCCCUCCCCUGCUCAGUCACACACUUGCUCAGAUGGGUCACUUUAGUCUCUGGUUCUGUCACCCUAAGCAUACAUCCAGAGCCAGCAGCAGCAAGGGGAUGUGACGCAGCUGUCAGAGGUGUGUGCCCAGUGUCUCCAGUAGGUGGGAGUCUCUGUGUCCGAGCCGCCAUGGCAUGCGCAGGGCCAGCCGGUGGGCGGCAGCGGGUGAGCAUGCAGGAACACAUGGCCAUUGACGUGAGCCCCGGCCCCAUACAGCCCAUCCGCCUCAUUUCUGACUACUUUCCACACUUCUACCCCUUCCUGGAGCCGGUGCUGCAUGCACCAGACCCUCAGGCUAUGCUGACCCCGGCCAUCCACUCUGCACCCCAGCUGCAGCCCGAGCCAGAGCCAGAAGGAGACUCAGACGACAGCAGUGGGUGCCAGAGUGGGGUGACUAUGCCUGCCGCCUGCCAUCUAGCUGCCCUGGGCACUCUGGAGUUCACACUUCUCUUUGAUGCGGACAACAGCGCUCUACACUGCACAGCCCAUCGUGCAAAGGGCCUCAAGCCACCAGCCUCAGGCUCUGUGGACACCUAUGUCAAAGCCAACUUGCUGCCAGGGGCCAGCAAGGCCAGCCAGCUUCGGACACGCACUGUUCGAGGCACAAGGGGACCUGUCUGGGAGGAGACGCUCACCUAUCAUGGUUUCACUCGCCAGGAUGCUGGACGGAAGACCCUGAGGUUAUGUGUGUAUGAAGACUCACGGCUGCGGCGCCGAGCAACCCCCUUAGGGGAGCUACGAGUACCCCUGAGGAAGCUGGUGCCAAACCGAGCCAGGGGCUUUGACAUCUGUCUGGAGAAGCGGAGACUGACCAAGAGGCCCAAGCGUCUGGACACAGCCCGUGGCAUGUCUCUGUAUGAGGAGGAGGGGAUGGAGGCAGAGACAUCUGGAGAGGAACGUGGGCGCAUCCUACUGUCCCUGUGCUACAGCUCCCAGCGCGGUGGCCUGCUGGUAGGGGUGCUGCGCUGUGCCCACCUAGCCCCCAUGGAUGCCAAUGGCUACUCAGACCCCUUUGUCCGUCUUUUCCUGCAUCCAAGUUCUGGAAAGAAAUCCAAAUAUAAGACCAGUGUUCGGAGAAAGACCCUGAACCCUGAGUUCAAUGAGGAAUUCUUUUACGCAGGUCAUCGGGAGGAGCUGGCCCAGAAGGCACUGCUGGUGUCUGUGUGGGACUAUGACCUGGGCACAGCUGAUGAUUUCAUCGGUGGGGUACAGUUGAGUAGCAGAGCCAGCGGGGAGCGCCUUCACCACUGGCGUGAGUGCCUGAGCCGCAGUGACCGCCGGCUGGAACUGUGGCACCUGCUGGACAGUGUGCCCCCCCAACUUGGUGACUAGCCUGUACAGGGCCCUGCUUGCCGCCUGUGCAGGGGCCAAGAUGUCUGCUGCAGCUGGAAAGAGCUGUAGGUUGGCCCUACCUGCUGUGCCCACUCCUGUAUCCUUUCAGUCACCCUACUCCCAAACACAACGCAAAAUAAACAUCUGCUUCUGCCA